AUGGGAGAAUUUAAACCUCCAUUGCCUCAAGGUGCUGGAUACGCCAUCAUUUUAGGACUAGGUGCUGUUUUUGCAGUAGGAAUGGUGAUGACCACCAUCAUGUUAAGGCGUUACCAGAAAGAAGUCAUUAGUGCAGAAGAAUAUUCCACAGCCGGAAGAAGUGUCAAGACGGGCUUGGUGGCCGCUGCUGUCGUUUCAAGUUGGAUCUGGUCAUCUACUCUACUUACAUCAUCAGCAAAGCAACUCGAUGGAAUGUUGGGCGGGUACUCAUAUGCAGCUGGUGCUUGUUUCCAAAUAGUGGCAUUCGCGAUACUAGCAAUAAAGACUAAACAAAAAGCUCCUAAUGCACACACAUAUCUGGAGAUUAUGCAGAAGAGAUAUGGUAAAGUUGCACAUUGUGUCUAUAUAUUUUAUGCACUGGCUACCAAUAUAUUAGUAACGGCUAUGCUUUUAACUUCCGGUGCAGAAGUGUUCAGUCAGAUAUGUGGAAUGAAUAUGUAUGCUGCAUGUUUUCUUCUGCCAAUUGGUGUCGUUUUCUACACUUUAUUUGGAGGAAUUAAAGCAACAUUCUUGACUGACUUUGUCCAUACAUGUGUUAUUAUUGGAAUUGCCAUGUACUUCAGUUUCGAGGUGUUUGCACAUAGUGACAUUUUAGGCUCCCCAGGGAAAGUGUAUGACUUGGUACGUGUAGCUGCGAAAAGGCACCCAGUCAGUGGAAACCAAGAUGGUGAGUAUAUGACCAUGAAAUCAAGAUCGGCAGGAAUAUUCUUAGUUAUUAACCUGGUUGGAAACUUCGGAACAGUGUUUCUCGAUAAUGGAUAUUGGAAUAAAGCAAUUUCUGCCUCUCCAGUAGCUGCUCUCCCAGGUUAUGUGAUAGGUGGUCUAUCGUGGUUUGCUAUCCCAAGUUUAUUAUCUGUGACUAUGGGCUUUGCCUGUCUCGCAGUUGAAACAUUGCCAACUUUUCCAACUUUUCCAGAUCCAUUAUCUGCACAGCAGGUAAGUGAAGGUCUCGUAUUGCCUGCAGCUGCUAUUACUGUAAUGGGUAAAGGAGGUGCAGUAGCAACUCUAUUAAUGAUAUUUAUGGCUGUCACUUCUGCUAUGUCUGCUGAACUAAUUUCAGUGUCUUCUGUAUUUACAUAUGACAUAUUCAAGCCAUAUUUUAAGCCAACAGCAAACAGUGAAACAUUAGUUUUCUCUUCUCACAUUGCUUGCAUAGUCUUUGGUGUUGCUAUGAGUGCAUUCAGUGCAGGUCUAUGUAAAGCAGGAAUUAGUGUCGGUUAUUUAUACGAACUAAUGGGUAUUAUUAUCUCAAGUGCAGUAUUACCAGUGGUAUUGUCAUUAGUAUGGAGAGGUCAAAAUAAAAUUGCAGUAAUUGUGACGCCAAUUUUAGGGACAUCGUUGGCAAUAAUGUCAUGGUUAGUAAGUACUAAAUCUUUAUUUAAACAUUUAACACUAUCUACAACAUUCGAAGACAACCCAAUGCUAACAGGUAAUGUAGUUGCACUGUUAUCUCCAUGCAUAUUUAUCCCUCUUCUGACCUACCUCUUUAAACUGCAAGAUUUUGAUUGGGAGCGUCUGAAAGAAAUUAAAAGGGUAGAUGACACUGAUGAGUUAGAAUUGUCAGAACAAUUGAGUAAUUCUACAGUCAUUAUAAGAAAGAAUUCUUGCUCAGAAACUGAUGAGUCAAUGGAGUUCAGCAUAGAUGAUAAGAAAGGAAUUGAACCGAGCACGUCAGUAGUCAGUAUUGCUGAUGUAGUUAAACAGACCAUAAAUGAUGAUGAAAAAGUGCUAGAGGAACAAGAACUAAAGAGAGGUUUGAAGGUUGCAUACUUUCUUUGUGUAUUUUUUGCACUAGCAUUUUUAGUAGUUUGGCCAAUGCCAAUGUAUGGAUCAGGUUAUAUUUUCAGUAAAAAGUUCUUUACUGGUUGGGUUGUUGUAAUGAUAAUAUGGAUUUUUAUAAGCAGUUUCUGUGUAUGCUUCUACCCUAUUUGGGAAGGUAGGCAUGGCAUUUAUACCACCUUUCGUGGUAUUUACUGGGAUAUUUCUGGCCAGUCAUAUAAAGUGAGGAGGUGGCAAGAGUCAGAGCACGAGCAACUAGAUACAUCGAAGGAACAAACUCAAACACCAUUUUAA